AUGUCGGCGGCGCUGCUGAGUCCGGAGCCGGCAGGGAGCGGCGAGUCUGAUGUCUUUGAAAUUGACCUUCCCAUCACUAUCUUUGUGCUGAGUGAUGAUGAUUUUCUAGAAAGUGAAGAUGAAGAGCAGGCAAUCUUGAGUAGUGAUGAUAUUUUGAAGAGUGAAGAAGAAGAGGUGGCCACUUCCAAUGAUGGUGAUCUAAAAAAAAGCAAAGAGGAAAAGCAGGUGCCUUCAAGUGGUGAUGAUCUAAGGAGUCAAGUGCAGCCCAGCUUGAAUGAAGAAGUUGUUCUAAAAUGUCCAGAGAAAGAGCAGGUUACUCUAAGUGUGUUUGAGAAAUUAAAUUCACCCCAAGUUUCUUUAAGUGAUCAAUAUGCUCUGGGCAGUAGCAAACUCAGCCAAAAUUAUCUGUCAUGUCUGUCAGCUCCCAGAAUGGACCCUGGAGAGGUAAAUGGUUGUGUCGAAAGCAAAGAAUGCAAGGAUGACAUCGAUUGCCAAAAGGUUCCUGUUCCUCUCUCAUGUGGUGACAAUAAGGAUAGAGAUGGUCUGACUAUUGAGACAACUAGGCAGUUGAUUCCAGGAGCAAUAUUUAAAGAUGGAAAGGAACGUGAGACCUCUGCAAUCAGUUCCUCUGACAGCACUCAAGAGUGCCAGCCAGCACUCCAUUGUAAAGAAGCAGAGAGAUGUGUUGAGACUGAAGGUACUGUCCCUUUAGAGACAGCAAAGAAUAAAACUGAUGACAGAACAAGAAUGAGAAAUGGCUCUACAGAUGAAACUCUGAAUUGUGGAAUGGAUAGCAAAUUUGAAGAUCUGAAUGCUGUAAAAGAAAUAGAGCAAGUCCAAAGUAUUUUUUUUACUUGUAUUAAUGGUGACUUUUCUACAGCAGGAGAGUUGCUAGAAGAUGUAGGGGACUUGGCAAUGACUACUUGUGAUAAUCCUGGAUUAAAUAUUUCUGAAGAGUUUAUUCAUCAGUCUGUAAUUCAUUCUCCCAGGGAGAUGGAUAAGCAAGAAGAUUGUGAUGUUUCUCAUGUGAUUAUAAAACACCCAAAUGCAAAGCAUCAAGAAGAGACAUUCCUAUUAGGUAAUGAGCAUAACAGCGAAGCUCUUUCUAUGGGAUCUUGUUCUACGUGCAAGCAUGAGAAGACACUGAAUGUGAAAUGCAGGUUUUGUAGCUCUGUGUGUACAAAUAAAAAUAUUCUAAAGAAACAUGUUUAUUCAGCACAUCAGGAUAAAAAAAUUCACAAAUGCUGCUUUUGCCAAAGAAGCUUUUUCUUUUCUGUCAACGUUAAACGCCAUCUUAAAUUUCAUAAGAAAAUGACCAGAUUGAAAAAUACAAGAAAAGGUAGAAGUAUGAACACUGAAAAAGCCAGGAAGGAGAACCCAGCAAAAACACAAUCUGCGAAUAAAAAAAAGGAAAGUAAGUAUGAGAAAUUCUUCAUCAAAAUUGAAAGGGACUGUAAAACUGCAGAUGCUCCAGUUAUUUUUUCUUGUAAAAUUUGUCUCUUUGCUUCACCAGAUCCUAAGCUUUUUGUUUAUCAUAUGAAGGGACAUAAAGGCAGACAACCUUAUCAGUGUCCCCAGUGUGACUAUUCUUGUGUUAGCUUGUCCUAUAUGCUAAAUCACAUGUACUGGCAUGCUGGCUAUAGACUGUACAAAUGCAGGUUCUGUACAUUUUUUUCACUGUAUUUUGCAAGCAUGGUGAAACACAGUUACAUUCAUACAGGGGCUAAGCCGUAUUCCUGUGAAUUCUGCCAGUCAUCAUUCACAAGUACAAGUGGCUUAAAGAGACACACAAAUAUACAUGCUGGCAAAGAAUUGUGCCAAGGGAAGCAACACCUUGGCUUGCCUGUCGAGGGGAAGAGAACUAAAAGUCCUCCAAAGAGCUAUACAUGUGAUCAGUGUAACUUAGUAUUUUACUCUAAAGGACUGCUCUGCUUUCAUGAGAAAUUUCAUACCCAAGUUAAAGGCUGUGAUGAGAGGUUUGCAAAUGAGAGUAAUGAAUACAGUAAAAGCAAAGCAUGUAAAGAUGACAAUGAUUACCAAAAGGAUUGGGUUUCUUCUGGUUCUGACAAUAAAUGGGAUGAUCACCUGCUUAAUGAGACACAUGAAAUGCUGGCUUCAGGAGCAGAACUUGAACAGGAGAAUGAAUUUGAUAGGGAUAUGAAUAUAUGCUGUAGCAAAAAAACGUGCCAAAGCGGCCAGGGAACCAACAAUUUGCCUGUUGUGAGGACUGGAUCAGAAACUCUUUUCAGUAUUUACAAGAGCGAUCAGUGUGAUUUAGUGUUUUGCAAAGAGAAGCAUCUGUUUUUUCAGAAGGUCACUCAUUCACAAGUUCAGGAAUGUAAUGAGAUAGUUACAAAUGCUCCCAAGGCUGAGGAAAAUGCUAAGUGUAUUGAUGUACAGCCUCCUAUUGGGCCUUCUCACAAACUGUUCAAGUGUCAACAAUGUGAUUAUUCCACUUAUAUUUUUAGCAACCUUAAGCUGCAUUUUAGAAUACACACUGGUGAAAAACCAUUUGAGUGUAAAGAGUGCAACAAGAUGUUUCGCACCUCCAGCCAUUUGCGGAGACAUAGUCUUAUGCACAUAAAGAAAGGUCAAGAAUGUGACCAUUGCCAUUAUUUGGGCAGCACUUCAGACGAACUUAAAUUGCACUGUGAAAUACAUAAGGGCACCUGCCCUAAAAGGGAAGAUCUUAUUUCCUCAAAAGACGUAAAGUGUGUCCGUUCCAUAUUCAGCUCAGAAGACCUUCAGAAACAGAUGGAUGUUCAUGAGGGCAAAGAAAAUGAACAUGUUCUGCCAUCACGAAGUCUUUCACAACUUUACAAGUGUGAACAGUGUAAUUACAUCACUUAUGUUUUAAGCAACCUCAAGCUACACACAAGGAUUCAUACAGGUGAAAAACCCCACAGCUGUGACACUUGUCAGAAGAAGUUUCGUACUUCAGGUCAUCUAAAUCGACACAAGCUUGUGCACUUAAAGAUGGAACGCCUCAAAUGUAGGAACUGUGACUAUUCAACAGACAAAUGGCAAUCCCUUAAGUGGCAUUUGGCUUCACACUCAGAUGAAAAAAACCUGGCUAGUAGCAAAGUCCAAGAGCAAUCGCUGCUACCUGUCAAAAUAUACAAGUGUGAAGAGUGUGGCUAUGCUACUGCCCAUAGUGGAAACUUCAAGCAGCAUUUGAGAAUUCAUACAGGUGAAAAGCCAUACAAAUGUGAUCAGUGUGCUCUUGCUUUCCGCACUUCUAGCCACCUGAAGCGCCACUUACUAACUCAUUUAAAGUUACGCUGCAACGAGUGUGAGUUUUCCACUAUAGAUAGGUGUGCUCUGGAGAAACAUGUAAAAACACACAAGGAUAAAAAAAUGUACAAAUGCCAAAAGUGCAAUGUAACACUUUCCACCAUACAUCUCUUAGAGAAACAUAAGAAACAGCAUUUAUAA